CUGUGAGUGCUUUCUAGCCUGUUCAGUCAAAAGGUUCUAGUAUAUAUUAAACUGUAUCAUUACUGGAUCCUUGCUAGCACAGGUGAUUUUGGGAAAAAAAAAAUCCCCAAGAUGUUUUUUGGUUUGUUUUUUUAAGCAUGUCAAUGCAUAUCAGUGAUAAUCCCUGGCAGAAAGAUGCUUAUGAACAGUUUGGGAUAGUUAUGUUUUUCCACUGACAUAGAUAAUUUUGAAGGAGAACAGCUGCUGGCAGCCUGGCCUUGAGUUGGCCAGCUUUAUCCUGCAAAUAUUUAAAUAAAAUAGUGAAGCUGAUGGAGGUGUGAAGGGAUAUGAACCCUGAGGGACACAGUUGGUGAAACAUUGGCUGUGGAUGCAGCUGAAGUAUUUUUGGUGUAUUUGUCAACAAAUACCAAUAUACUCUAAGCUGAACUGUAAUUGUACUUUCAGAAGUAAAAAAAACAGGCUUGUUUUGGUAGAUAUACUGAAAUGGUGUUCUGGUUGUUUGGUUGGUUUUGGGGAUUUUUUGGUCAUAGAUUCCACUUAGACGAAGUAAGAGGCUUCUCAAACAGAAGGUGGUUGAGAAUGAUGAAUGGAUUGAAAAUUUCAGGAUAGUACUUGGGCUGUUACAUUAUCCUUUCUUACAGAGUUUUGAAGGAAGAAGCUGGCUGAUCAAGAUUGUCCUUCUGCAUAGCACGUUUUUGAAUUAUUUAAAUUUCUGAAGCCAUGGGAGUAAAGGUCCAGAGACCUCGUUGCUUUUUUGACAUAGCCAUCAACAAUGUACCUGCUGGAAGAGUGGUCUUUGAAUUGUUUUCAGAUGUGUGUCCAAAGACAUGUGAAAAUUUUCGCUGCCUUUGCACAGGUGAAAAGGGUACAGGAAAGUCCACCCAAAAGCCAUUGCAUUACAAAAGUUGUCUGUUUCACAGGGUUGUGAAGGACUUUAUGAUCCAAGGAGGUGACUUCAGUGAAGGAAAUGGCAGGGGAGGAGAAUCCAUUUAUGGUGGCUUUUUUGAAGAUGAAAGUUUUGCUGUAAAGCACAACAAAGAAUUUCUCCUUUCAAUGGCCAACCGGGGGAAAGAUACAAAUGGUUCACAGUUCUUUAUAACAACUAAACCUACACCUCAUUUAGAUGGACAUCAUGUUGUUUUUGGACAAGUCAUCUCAGGUCAGGAGGUUGUGAGAGAAAUAGAAAACCAGAAAACAGAUGCAUCUAGUAAACCAUAUGCUGAAGUACGCAUACUGAGUUGUGGAGAGUUAAUUCCAAAAUCCAAAGCCAAGAAAGAAGAAAAGAAGAGGCACAAGUCGUCUUCCUCAUCCAGUGACUCUGAAAGUUCAAGUGAUUCAGAAUCAUCUUCUGAUUCCUCAUCGGAUUCUGAGAGUGCUUCGGAAGAGAAAUCUAAAAAGCGAAAAAAGAAACACAAAAAAAAUUCCAAGAAACAUAAGAAAGAAAAGAAAAAGAGAAAGAAAAGCAAGAAAAGCUCUUCCAGUGAAAGUGAAGAUGAAAACACUGAAGCACAGCCAUUAUCUACUGUCCGUCCUGAAGAAAUUCCUCCUGUACCUGAAAACCGGUUCCUGAUGAGGAAAAGUCCUCCUAAAGUAGAUGACAAAGAAAAAGAGAGGAAAAGCAGAGAAAAGGAAAGAGAAAGUAAUCUGUCGAAUUCACAGUCAAUGUACCAGAGGAGACUGUUAGUGACCAGAUCUGGAAGGAAAAUAAAAGGAAGAGGACCAAGGCGUUACCGGACGCCUUCCAGAUCCAGGUCAAGAGACCGUUUCCGACGCAGUGAAACUCCUCCACAUUGGAGGCAAGAAAUGCAAAGAGCUCAGCGAAUGAGAGUGUCUAGUGGAGAAAGAUGGAUAAAAGGGGACAAGAGUGAAAUAAAUGAAACCAAGAAAGAUAAUCAAAAGAGCCCAGGAAGAGGAAGAGAGAGAAAAGUAUCAGACCACAGACAAGUUUCUGAAAGUCCAAGCCGAAGAGGGGAAAAAGAGAAGAAAAAAGAUCACAAAUCCAGCAGUAGAGACAGGGAGACAAGAAGGAAUUCAGAUAAAGAUGAUAAGCAUAACAGAAGCAAGGCCAAGAAGAGAGCUAAAUCUAGAAGCCAUAGUAAAAGCCGAGAGAAAUCAAAAAGUAAAGAAAGAGACUCCAAGCACAGUAGACAUGAUGAAAAGAGAAUAAGAUCAAGAAGCAAAGAGAGAGACCAUGAGAAAGGCAGAGAAAAAGAAAAGCGUUAUGAUUCUAGAGGGAGAGAUAAAGAAAGAAGUAGGAGCAAGGAGAGAAGUAAAAGGGCAGGCUCAAGAAGUAAUGAACAAGAGCAUAGGAAGAGCAAAGACAGGGAGAAACGAAAGUCAAGAAGCAAAGAGCGUGAGCAUGGCAGAGGAAAACACAGUUCCAGCAGCAGAACGAGGGAUCGAAGCAAAAGCCGAGACAGGGGUAGGAGGGGAAGAUCAAGAAGCAGGGACAGGGAUCGUAGUAGAAGUAAAGACUAUUCAAGGAAUAGAGAUAGAGAAACAAGACGAAGAGGAAGAUCAAGAAGCAGAGAAAGGAGAGGUACACCAGAUAGAUACAGAGGAAGAGAAAACAGGAGAAGGAGAGACUCAAGGAGUUCAGAGAGGGAUGAAAGUCAAAGCAGAAACAGAGAUAGGUAUUCAAAUAGGGAAAGUAGAAGCUCAUAUAAGAGGAAUGAUAGUGAAAGCCAAAGGAAGAGGCGUUCAAAAAGCCGUGACAGUAGUAGUCCUGAGUCUAGCAAAGAGAAGAAGUCUAGUAGAGAUCAGGAUAGAAGUCCAGAUUCAAAAAAGAGACCAAGUAGCAAAGAGAGAGAAUCAAAAAAGUCAUAUUCACGCAGCAGUAAAGAAAAGGAAAAGACCAGAUCCUCAGCAGAAAAAGAAAUAAACCAAAAAUCAAAGAGUCAGGAAAGAGAUCAUGCCCCUAGUAAGGAUAAAAAGUCUGAUCAUGAAACAAGUCCUGGAACAGAUGACGACAGGCAUGGAUGAGUUUGUGGACUUAAUGUUUCCAUUGUCUCAAAGUUUUAGAGACGUUUUGGGGAACGCCUUUUUUAAAGAUGCGGACUUCAGUUUGGUCUUUUGAUAAUCUAAACCUGGAUCAUUUGUACUGCUAAAGUUUUAAUAAACUUGAAAUGAAAAACAAA